AUAAAAUUAGAAAUUGAAGCAGGCUUAUUCCUAUAGUGCUCUUUCCAUGAAAAAUCACUUACACAUAAGUUCGUGAUUUGCAUGAAUACAUUUAGAAAUAUCUACUAUAUUAUAUGUGAAGUGCCUUACACACAAUCAUUAUGCCAAAUAAACUACAGAUCGGGAGUUUCCAUUACGUAUCUUAGAAGAUAUUCAUAAAUACGAAACCUUAGCACGUUUGAGACAAGCGUUUGACAAUAAGGUUUAAUUAAUAGAAGCAUACUUUUAGGAAUUCAUGUGGAUCAAAUUUUUAAUGUGCUGUAGAAAAAUAUUUCUUCAACUCAACUAUACUUUUGCGGAAUUAGCAUCAAAUAGAUCAGAAUCUAUUAUUAUCAUAUGAAACAAGUAAUAGGUACUUUGUUAGUCUGGCAUUCCACUAUGUCGCAAAUUUGGCAAUCGUGACUUCUAAUACUGCGCGUUACUUAUUCAAUUUCAAGUUAGCACCAACGCGGCAGUCUUCGCUGCUGAUAAUCUUGAUAUUGAGUUUUUUUUUAUAUUUUUAAACGGGCAAUAUUUCAAAAGUAUUUUAAUACUUAUUUUGAAGAAACGUGAAAUUAUAAAAUGCAGGCGAUCGGCAUCACGUGGAGGAAACUAGCAACAAACAUACGUAGUUCAAGUUCGGUAACACGCUUAAAAAAAGCCGUUAAAGUAACUUUCAGUGACAAAUAUUUGUUUUACACAAAUGUGACCAUAUCUGUAACGUUGUCGUCAGUGGGUGAUUUACUUGAACAAUGUUAUGAGAUAUCCGUCGGUGAACAGGAAAAGUAUGACUUCAAAAGGACUAUGCAUAUGGGUUUCUCUGGAGCUGCUGUGGGUGUUCUGUGCCAUCAUUGGUACAAAGUUUUAGAUAAAUUUAUUAUAGGAAAAACGUACGAUAUGGUAGCGAAAAAAUUGCUAUUAGACCAAUUAAUAUUCUCUCCGAUUAUGAUUAUAACAUUUUUCGGAAGUGUCGCAUUGUUCGAAGAGAAUCCACUACAGAAUUUUAAGGAGGAAGUGAGAAGUAAAUUUUUAACGCUAUAUCGUGCUGAGUGGAUGGUCUGGCCGCCAGCGCAGAUUAUAAAUUUCUACUUUCUGCCAACGCGGUAUCGAGUUUUAUACGACAACACGAUCUCAUUAGGUUACGAUAUUUAUACAUCACAAGUGAAACAUAGUAAAGGCUUGAAAAGCUCAUCUAAAGAUAAAAUUAUAGGGACCAAAUGAAAUUGUUUACCAAAGCUAAGAAAACUAGUAGUCACCGCUAUGUCUGUUUUAUGUUCAACAAUGUAUUUUAAUGGAUAUGAUUUGUUGAAAUAAAGAGCUUUGCUGUGAUAUUAAAUGAAAUUUAAUAAAAAUAGUUUACAAUGUUUGAAAUGUACAAAUGUUAAUUUAUUUUUGUUAAUCUUUGAAAUAAAGUCAAUUAUAUACGUGCGUAUG